GGAAGGUCAGGGCGCAUGCGUGUAGGAGAACCUUGUUUUUCUGCUUCUACGGGGGAAGGAAGAGUUUUUAAUGUCUCUUUAGAGAGGGGACAAUAGUGAAAGCUUGGUGGGUGCGACUAGCACUUGAGCGAUUGUUCCAGUUGUCGGGAGACUGCUGCAAACUGAUGGAAUCAGAGGUGUGUCAGCAAAAAAGUCCAGAUUCAGAUGGAAGUGGACCCGUGGUUGAGGAGGGUUCAGUAGCUACAGCCGAAGAUCCGUCUGCCAUUGCCGCAAUUCAGUCAGCCGCCACUUUUACCUCAGAACAGCCAAUCAAAUACCUCUUCAAGACAGAGACCUCUGGGGGGCAGGUUACCUAUCGUGUCAUUCAGGUAUCUGAUGGACAGAUAGAAAGUCAAUCUGAUGGCUCUACUGCUGUUAGCGUAGUCACAGGUUUUCCUACGGCAACACAACCUGUUACACAGGCUGUUUUCUCACAAUCAGAGGGACUAGAAGGAGACAAUACUGAAACUCAUUACACUUACUACCCAGCUACUAUAUCAGAUGCUGCUCCAGCUACCAUGGUAACCAGUGUGCAGGCAUCUGAUUCAUUGCUAAAUCAGACCACACCAACAGGUCAGCUAUAUGUUAUGAUGUCACCACAGGAAGUACUAAGCGGUGGAAACCAACGUUCCAUUGCUCCAAGAACUCAGCCUUACAGCAUUAAAUCAGAUGUGCCUCGGACAUCAAGAGAUGAAAAAAGGCGAGCACAACACAAUGAAGUUGAGCGUAGGCGAAGAGACAAGAUUAAUAACUGGAUUGUGCAGUUAUCAAAAACCAUUCCUGAUUGUACAAUGGACGCAACGAAAACGGGGCAGAGCAAAGGUGGCAUACUUUCAAAGGCAUGUGACUACAUCCAGGAGUUGAGACAGAGCAACCUUCGACUGGGAGAGGAACUUAAUUCUCUAGAACGUCUCAGAUUGGACAAUCAGUUGUUAAGGCAACAGGUUGAGGAAUGGAAAUCAAAGAACCAGAUUUUAAGAAGCCUUCUUCGACAACAUGGCAUUGUAGGAGGGGCUGUUUCAGACACACAGUGAGGGAUUUGCCAGGGUUAGAAGGGGCAGCAAGCUUCUGCAUGCUGGGAGGGAGACUGACUGAUUACGGGUGACACUAAAGAUGCAACAGUCCUCUUAUUGUUUAGAAUAAUUAUUAUAAAUAUUUUCAGUUUAGUUAUUUUUUACUGAAAUGGAUUAUUUUUAUUUUUGGCAUGAUACCAGUUUGUUUACUGUUUCUGAAACUGAAGCAAAUUAUGUUUUGUUUUUUUUUUUAUUAUUAUUAUUAUUUAGAAAAGCUUUUUUCUGUAAUAUGUUUGAACCAAUAUAGUCAUUGGUACUGUUUAAUUUUCUCUGUGUGUAUUUUUAUAUACACACACAUGCUGUUCUUCUUCCAAGUGUAUGUGUUUUGUAAGAUAUUUUCUAAGUCACUGAUAUUUCAGAAAAUGUGCUUAAAAUUGCUCGGUAUGACAACAGUCAGCUUGGUACUUAUUUAUGUUUAUUUUUUUAUUUUGUUAUAAAGUCCAUUGCAUAAUUAAAAACAUGUUCAACCCUUUGAGAUAGACCUCCGAGACAGUGGUGGUCUUCCAAGUAAUCCAUAGAUGUUUUCAGAUUGAUCACAAAUGUGUUCCAUAGAUCUGGAAAGGUAUUCACGGUUUGUGACUCUGUCAUGGGAAUGUGUUGGUGAAUUUUACAUUUUUUCAGAAACUUUCCUCUAAUUAUUUUGUAAUUAUAUAAAUAAGCUGACCAUAAGAAUGAGAAUUUUAAAUAUUUUAAUAUUCUGUUGUUUGCAGAAACAAAUGUGGGUUGAGUAGUUUUAAUUGACUUCUCAUCCCGUUACCCUAAUCUAGAAUCACUAGCACAGAAAUAAAGGAAAUUGUCUAACUGAACAAUCAAAUGGUUGUUUGGGUAUUUGUGUUCAUCCUCACAUACCCUUUCACUUCAUAACUCUCAACAGUGACAUGACCCUGGAAGGAAACUGCAGUGCAUUAUUUCUAUAUAUUCCUUUUUAUUAAAAGGAUAGCAUCUUAGAAACCAGAUUUAUAUUAAUUUUACAUUAAGAAUUAAUUUUACUUUUUAACACUGGUUAACAUUUUUAAAGUAGCUUGACUAUGAUAACAUUUGUCUGAUAUCUCAGCAUUUGGGUAACCUACAUCAGUAUUACUCAUUCAGUCAUUAUUCACCAAUAUUCAUUUCACUGUAAUUGAUCAGUUUAUUUAUAUACCUGUAUGUCCUGUAAAAUUUUCUUCUGUCUUAUCUAAAACGCAUUGUCUUCAGCAUUGCUCUGCUGCUUUGAGCAAGUGAGCUACAUUUUAAUGAUCACUAGGGAAAUUAAACUUGGAUUGUUAUCAUUCCAUCA